AUGGUUUCUUUUUUUUUCCCUUCAGCUCUUGUAGCUUUUCUUCUUAUCUCGGGUUUCCACGCCUUCCGAUUCAACGAUGAGGAGAAUAAAGCUCUUCAGGAAACCUGUGGAUCCAACAUGAAAGAAGUGGGUCAUUACUCUCGAAAAGUACUCAACGGAGAGGCUGCUCAUUCUGGUGAAUCUCCAUGGAGUGUUGCUGUCUACAUCCCGGAUCAUUUGAACCAUACCGUUUAUACCACUGGAACUCUUAUCUCAAGCCGUCACGUCAUCUCCUACGACCGCCUUUUCUUCACCAACACCACUGGUGGCAUCGUGUAUCGUCAUGACAUGGAACAAUUGGAGAAAGAUCUUUGUGGUGCUGCCGGAAGCGAUUUGGUUCUGCCAAGAAAAUAUGCUAGACAAGUUUCCGUGUACGCUGAUACAUUGAAAGCUGAUAGAUUCUCCGGAAAGCAGGAAUUGGGAGUUAAAAGUGUGAGAAUUCUGAAUGGAUGCGUGACUCCACAUCAUCUGAACCGCGUGGCAGUUAUCGAACUGCAAAAGCAAAUCACGGAUGAUCUGAGAGCCCAGCCGAUUUGUGUUGGAUACGAGGAGCGUCCCUCUGCUCCUUUCACUUUCUAUGGAUUCGGUGACAAUCGUGGAGAAGUGAUAGAUGCCACGCUCCGUCACACCGAAGUUACCGAAGUUCCCUGCGAAUUUCCGUCCGAUGAAUUGUUCUGUGUGAAGGCUCAAGAACCUCUUUGCAAUGGUGAUUUCGGAGGGGCUGCUGUCAAGACAAUUUCUGGAUCAGUUAGAGCUUUUGGAGUUUAUGUGGAUGGACCAUACGAGUGUAGCAAGGCUGAUGAGAAUACCGUGUACACGUUCGCCAACAUGACAAGACUCGCUGAGAAAAUCUGUGAGGACAGUGGAGUCUGUGCAGGAUACGUUCCGAAGUCAACUACCCCAGCCCCGGAGGCCACAACUACUCAAAAAUACAUUCCAACUGUUCCAUUCACCCGACCACCGAUCAAUGUAGAUGUGGAGCAUACUUUUGGACCAGAUGGAUCGGGCGGAACUGAUUAUGGUGUCACUUCGGCUCCUGGAGGAAUCACUACAAAUCCAAAUUAUACUACUACUGGAGGCAACAACAACAACACCGGAGAGGGAACGGGACAGAACGGAGAUGUGACAUUAUGUGAAGUGGAAGAUGAGGAUGACAUUCAUAUUCAUAUCAAGCUCGGAAAGUUCAGAAAAUCUGGAAACGAGAAUGACAUUGAAGUCGUCCGAAAAGGUCCGAACAAGCAAGGAAAACGUGCAAUCUAA